CUUCUGUUUCUUCUUUCAACAGCCAUUUUGGAGUGGUUCUGGCCGGUGGUGUAGGAGAAUUACUAACGGCACUAACAGUGUCUCAGUCUGCGAUCGUGUACAAGAAAGCGACAAAAACGUUUUGCAUAUAGUGGUUCAGUAGCAGGUAUAUCUUCAGAAUGUCUAUAGAAGAUAAGACAGCGUUAAAGGAGCUCGACGCUUGGAUUGAACAGCUUAAUGAGUGCAAACAGUUGACAGAAAACCAAGUGAAGACGCUGUGUGAUAAGGCGAAGGAGAUUCUCGCCAAGGAGUCCAAUGUCCAGGAGGUGAAAUGCCCUGUAACAGUGUGUGGCGAUGUUCAUGGCCAGUUCCACGAUCUCAUGGAGCUAUUUCGAAUUGGGGGCAAGUCACCAGAUACCAACUACCUCUUUAUGGGGGACUAUGUGGACCGAGGCUACUAUUCUGUCGAGACAGUAUCCCUACUGGUGGCACUCAAGGUGCGGUACCGGGAGCGGAUCACCAUUUUGCGGGGAAACCAUGAAAGUCGACAGAUCACUCAAGUGUAUGGCUUCUACGAUGAGUGCUUGCGCAAGUACGGCAAUGCCAACGUGUGGAAGUACUUCACAGACCUGUUUGACUACUUGCCAUUGACAGCGCUUGUGGAUGGCCAGAUCUUCUGCCUCCAUGGAGGCCUCUCCCCUUCCAUUGACACCUUGGACCACAUCCGGGCAUUGGACAGGCUGCAAGAGGUCCCCCAUGAGGGGCCCAUGUGUGACCUGCUGUGGUCGGAUCCGGAUGACCGCGGUGGCUGGGGGAUCUCCCCCCGAGGUGCUGGUUACACCUUCGGGCAGGACAUCUCUGAGACCUUCAACCACAGCAAUGGACUCACCCUAGUGGCCCGGGCACAUCAACUUGUCAUGGAGGGUUACAACUGGUGCCACGAUCGGAAUGUAGUGACCAUCUUUAGUGCACCCAACUAUUGCUACCGUUGUGGCAAUCAGGCAGCCAUCAUGGAGCUGGAUGAUCAACUCAAGUACUCGUUUCUCCAAUUCGACCCCGCUCCUCGAAGAGGAGAGCCGCACGUCACCCGAAGAACACCCGACUACUUCCUUUAAGCCGUGUACCACAUUGCUAGAUGUUAACAAGUCUGUUUUGCUUGUAUGCCAACCCCUCCCACCCUUCUGGUGAUGCUACCUCCUGUCCUUGAGCACUGUACUCUUAAUUUCACUUGGGAAGCACUUGUGAUGAUUUACAUGCCUGCACCAGGCUCACACCAGCUCUUCUUACUUUCUUAGCGACUACUACCAUUUAUUGAGAAGAGUGAACAGGUUGCUGAAAUGCAGAGUCUCUUGGCUGGUCCAUUAGGGUACCAGUGCGUAAAGGCCUGGGAGAUAGCUCCAUUUUUUCCUUUUCUUAGCACUUCUUUUUUCAUUGGUGUCCAAUUCUGCAUUGUUCUUUAAAUAAAGCAGUCCUCUGCAUUUUUUGGUUGGUAAAGCUUAACAACUGGCAAAUUUGCACAUAGUUCCAAUGCAAUUCUUACCCGAAUUUUCCCAAACAACUUGUUUUCGAAGUUUGGUUUAUUUUGCAAGGUGUGGAGGAGCCUGAGGCACUUCAUUGAGAGAAAAACAAUGCAUUCAUGCAAAGAGCCGCUGUUCAUGUAAUAGGUAUGAUGGAGGAGGCCAUGAAAUUUCUGUGGAAACAUCUGAUUGUGUAUUAAGGCUCUAUUGGAGUUUCUCCAUGGGCCCAAUGAGUGGAGAUGGAUGUCUGUGCAAGAGUCUUUAUUGUUUGCAGCUGAACUUUAUUUUUUUGCCACAAGCCAUCAACAGAAUCGUGUGUAAUGAGAAAAGUGGCUGUUGGUGUGUGGCCUCUUGAGUGUUCAUUGUCACACUGCUGUUAGUGCUGCUAGUAUCUCCUGCAGAAACGCACAAUUAAAUAGCACUGCCUUUAUUCAAAAGAAGAAUUAAUGGUAUUGUGACAUGUUAAAGUACUUUGCCACAAUCCAUGAACAUUUUCACAAAUCCUUUGUGGACCCCUGAGCAGAGACAGAAUUUGCAACAUUUGUAAACUUGCGUUUGUCGGGAAAAAAAAAAAAAAAACAUUCGACAAGUCAAGCGGGAUAUAGAAGGCAAUAAAAUAGGCAUGUAUUCCCGCAUAUUUCUGGCACAAUGUACUUUGCUCAGCUCACUGAAAAAAAUGAAAGAUCAUGUACGUGUAUUUGCACUGUAUUAAAUGUUUUCUGUUCGUGUUGUGACAUGGGAAGAGUUGUACACCUUGUUGGCAUUUGUAUAGGAUGCUGCGCUUUUUUUUUCCGUCACAAUCAGUUUCGAAGCCAGAGAUGCCAAUUGUGUGACAUGUUUUCAGAGAAUGGAUUUUUUAAAUGGAACACCUUAAGCGGAAUUUUUAUGGAACGCGUUCGCCAACACAAUAGGUUGAUUUCACCUUGCACACUGCACAUGUGCAGAUCCUGCCGCUGCCAUAAUGCUUAUAUUUACAGCUAUGCCAGCUUUCAAUUUUCUGUAUUGUCCUUGUGCUAUAACCAAGAGCAUUCCUAAUGCAAGCUGUGUGGCCUAUUAUUCUAGGUUGGGUAUUUUAAAUUGUGUACGUGUUACGAAAUGGAAGGAGGUCCUAUAGUCGUCAUUCAGGCCACAAUAUACUUACCACACGCACACCCGGCUGUAGCCGACGAUGUUGAACUCGAGGUGAAAUCAGUCUGUUGUAUAAAUGGAGGUGUAGUUUUUGUGUGACACAGUCACCUUCGCAAUUGUGGAGUUGAAGGUGGUGUAGAUUGUCCGCACAAGUUUGUUAGUGACCCCCCCCCCCCCUUUCCUACAUUCUUUUUUUUUUUUCCGGCAUGCUUCAGGAAGGUAGGGCGAUGGAGCAUUAUAAUAAAUGAAAUAAAAUUGACCCCUCAUCUGGA